AUGUUUGAGGUUCAGGCAGAAGGCGGAAAAGCGAAUGCGGGAGGCGCAAGGUGGGGCCGCGGCGGUGAAUCAGAGUGGAAUGGAAUUUCGGUGAGCUAUGGUCACUGGUUCACCGAGACGUGUUUCGAUGAGAGACUAGGACUCGAUUACGAGUGUACUGAACUACUUCGAAUCAAGAUGGGCCAAAGACCAGCUCCCCCAAGGCAAGCUUUCACAAGGAAGCUUGCGUUCCGGUCAUUUGCUACCCUAUCUGAGGUUAUCAUGUCUAUGUCUGAACUAUCUGGCCUCAACGAGAAGAACGGUACACACAUGGUACCGCGAGACCUACUGAUAGCAGGCAGCGUUGAGGAUGAGCCAACGUCGGCCUAUCACGGAGCAACUUAA